AUGGGGGCUUCAGUCGCUGGCUUUUGUUCACAGGCGGUGCCCCGACGGCUGCCUUGCGAGUCCCGGGACAGCAUCCAGAAUGUGAAGGGCUUCAUCACCGAGUUGUACGGCGUUCCCUUCCUGCGGCAGGACCUGUACUUCAAUGGCAUUCUCUUGCAUGACGACGGCAUCACCCUGGACUCGCUGGGAAUCGACGACGAGGAUGAGCUCGCUGUGCGCCCCAAGCGCCGCCAGGGUGCGCUGUUGCUUGGUGCAGCCAAGACCGCUCGAGCAGCGCGUUCGGGCUCUUGGAGCACAGGGGAUGCCCGUGGCAGCUUCGAAGCGCAGAAGGUCUUGCAGCUGCCCGGAGGAGAGGUGGCCUUUCAGGCCCAUUUCAAGUUAGCCCAGGCCUAA